AGGCCCGUUCCCGGCGAAUCGAGAACAGGUCGUAAGCAAAUGCUCAAGUGCCGCUGCUCGGGAAUAUCAUGCUGUGACGUCAGAGAAGGAAAACCGUUGCAAAGUCCACGUGUGGACGCCCCGCACUGUCCCCACCAGAAGUGAUCACCAGCAUGUCCAGGGCAAAGACGACAUCUCCGGAGGCGAAGGCAAUCAUAUGUGAGAGGGUUGCACAAGAUAUCCAGGGCGAAGGGGGCUGCUUUUCAGGCUUCGUUGAGCUAACCAACCGUGUGAAUUUUAGCGUUCGUUUUCGCUCUCGCUCUUUGAGCCCAAGCCCUAUCGCAUGUGUUCCGAUGAACUCUACUGGACCUCGCUAUCUACUCCCAUUGAUGCUGAAACGCCACGAUAACCGUUUCCUCAAGCACGAGACCCAGACGCCAACCGUCACACACCGUUCCCCUACAUGGCCGCAAACGCCGAACUACAUCGCGUCUACUUUAAUAGUACGCCACCCACAACCUCCGGAACUUUUCCUGAACCAAAUUUCACAUGACAGUUUCAUCGUUUCAUGCAAUUGAGCGGUUUGCGAAGCGUCGAUAGCGUGCUUCGCAAUACAGCCAGCUAGCCCACGUCAGUACAGUGUGGACGCGAUUGGCUUAUUUCAGAGUGACGACGAGUUCACGCUGAUCUGAAAUAUCUGCCGAUGGUGUUUCGCGGAUUUGUAGAAGAUAGUUUCGGCGUAGCUAGUAUCCGUCAAGUGCCGUGGCGGUCCGGAUCAUCCUUCUGCCAAU